GGAGCAGCAGCAGCUACUUUCGGACUCCCAUCUGCGGCCGGUCGAGGCUCCUGCGGGUUCAUCGCGGACUGACGCCGUGUUUGGCAGGUGCAUGAGGAUUCUCGGGGCCGAUGAUGGAGGCCUGGCCGACGGUGGCCUGGGUGCUGCUGCUGCUGACCGCCAUCGCUGAGCGGCUGGAAACCGUGCAGGCGAGAGACUUCACCAUGAAGGACAUCGUUCUGCUGCAUCCCUCAACUACUCCUCACCCCGGUGGCUUCAAGUGCUUCACGUGUCAGGACGCUGCAGACAACUACGAGUGCAACCGCUGGGCUCCAGAUGUUUACUGUCCACAGGAUACCAGGUACUGCUACACCGUCCACGUGAUGGAUCACCGUGGCGACAGCGUGUCCGUGACGAAGCGCUGCGCCGCCCUGGAGGACUGCCUGUUCACCGGCUGCGCUGACGUCGCUGCAAACGGCCACCAGGUGUGCUCAUCCUGCUGCGAGGGGAACAUCUGCAACGUGCUCGUGCCCAGGAACGAGAGCAGCGCCGUUUUCUCCUCCACGUCUCCUCUGGUGAGCUCGGGCAGGAGGCUGCGUCCCGCGGCGCUGGGAUGCAUCAUCAGCAUCAUCAUCUGCAUCCUCACAGCUGGACGCGCGUGAGAGGAUCAUUAAAAAACAACUAGAAGGACGAUAAAGGAUUCUUCAUUCUGUGUCUAACGCAGCUGGAGCGUGCUGCAGACACAGACAUGUAAUUAACCGUUUUAGCAGGCUGCAGACCUGAUUCUCCUCCAUCACAUCUCAAAUCAUCAGAGAUCUUCUGCUUCACCAUCUCUGAUUCGCUUGAAACUUAUUCUAUAUGAAUAUUUCAAGUGGUA